UGCAUAACCUCCUUCAACAUAAACUUCAGUUAGGGAUAUGUUCCACGGUUCCAGUGAAGGGUUUGUGUUUUGAAUUGAUUCUUCCGCUUCUUCUAAAGCCCCCUGCAAUCUGCAAUCAAGGAUGUCGAGGCUCUUUGCUUUUCUAUAAGUUUCGCUGGGACUCUCGGUUACUUGAGAAGUCAAUUUCUGAAAUGGGUCUAUGGAGUGGACGCGAUGGAGAGCGAACGAUUGGGAGCAACAACGGAGAAGGGAAGCCAGACACCUAGAAACUUUGAAGAGUUUUGAGGCUCAACAGAACGCUUCUUCUUCUCAGUGUGGGUUGCGGCUUGAAAUCUACCUCUCUCUUGCUCAAGUUGAUGAAAAUACAACACCGUUGCACAAGGAUCCGUUGCGAAUCCCCUUGAAUUACAAUGAUGAAGCUUUGAAAUAUACGGAGUUCCGCCAGGGAUCAAAGCCCAUGAGGUCUCCACUGGCAUCUUUGGAUUCAGUGCAAAAUAUCAUUGCAGGAGGUUCAUCUACUCAACAAAGUUCUUUAUCAAACAUUCAGACAAAGACAACUUAUCAAAAAAUAAGAAAAAGAAAAGGCCCUAUUGGACAAAGAAAUAAUGUUUUUGCGACCUAUAAGGCCCAAGUUGCGUCUUAUGCAAGAUUGAGAAGGAAAGCUAUCAUGAAGAACAAAUCUAAAAUGAAUAAUCACGCACAAGAUGCAUUUCCGAGCUUUUCCCAAAUCGAAUAUAUGUAUGCUAGCCCAACUCAAAAUACACCGUGGAGUGUAUUAACCUAUUGUUAUCCUUUAGGUAUGCAUACAGGCAGUAGUUCAAAUCUGUCCAAUACAGAUAACGGUUCAUCACAUGGAGUUGAGGAUCAUCUACACAACCACAACAAAGUUCCAUUUCAGAUCAAAGUACCAUACUCACAUCAUCAGUUGGAACUAGCACCUCACGUAGAUGUCAAAGGAAAAGUAUCUUGAGAAUUCCUUCUACUAUUAUUGAACAAGUUUCAAGAAGGACUUUCGGCUUAAAUUCAGAAGACAUGGAGCAAGGUGAGACGAGUACAUUACCUGAUAACCAAACUACAGAAAGGCAUUCACAAUUGUAUGCAAAGGCUGAAACGACAGGAAUGAUGAUUUAAGGAACAAAUGCAAGAAACCAAGGAUUUUGAAGAUUUUGCGUCAAAAGAGCUCAGCUUAUUCCAAAAGGUGCUCAGCUGAUUUAUGGUGGAAUGGUUCUGUCUUAAAAGAGCUGAGCUGAUUUUGAAGGUGCUCAGCUGAUUUUUAGUGGAAUGGUUCUGUCUUAAAAGAGCUGAGCUGAUUUUGAAGGUGCUCAACUGAUUUUUAGUGGAAUGAUUCUGUCCUAAAAGAGCUGAGCUGAUUUUAAGAGUGCUCGGCUGGUCUGAGGCGGUUUGGAGACAAAACCCAUAAGUGAAGGUAAACAAAUUCAGCUCAGCGCAUGGGAAAAAGAGCUGAGCGCCCUGUGUCACGAAUUUCAUAUAAAAAGGCCAAAAUCCCAUCAGAAAGAGAACUAACUGACAGAACCAGAGAAAACCCACAAAGGAAGAAAGAAAGAAAAGGGAGAUUGAGAACUUUCGCACCCUCCGUCGAGCUGGGGACACGCCGACGACGGCACGGAUCAUCUCCAUCUUCUCUAUUCUCUUGUAAGCUUUAAGCUUCCAUGAAAAUGAAUAGCUAAACCUCUUUGUAUUGGGAUUGGAUGUAGUCUUUUAUCUUGAAUGUAUCCAACUUGAAUCUCAUCUAUAAAUUUCUAUUCCUAUGUGUUGAUUUCAA